GGUGGUUGGCGUGGCGCGUGACGGGUGGGGGCUGCUGCUGCUGCGGUUGCUGCGGUGUGAGGUGGGCACGGAGGGUUGCGGCUGCUCCGCUCGGCUACGCGGUUCUUUUCGUGUUCCCGUCCGCUCUCUGAGGCCUGCUGGACACCCAUCGGACCGGAUAGGACAGCUUUUCAGGUGGCUUCAUCAUGGAUGAAACUGUUGCUGAGUAUAUCCGAAGAACUGUACUAAAAAUCCCACGAGAUGAAAUCAAGACAAUGCUACAGAAAUGGGGCUUGCUUUCUGAGACACAGCUGCAAACCAUAAACUUCCGUCAAAUAAAGGAGAACAUUUCUCAAGAUGUUGUUCAACUCUGUGAGGAAAAUUCUGCAGACAUAAAGCAAGCAGCUGUCCUAGACAUAAUUUACAACCAUGUCUACCCAAACAAAAGAGUGUGGAGUGUUUACCAGAUGAAGAAAACAGGGGAAGAAACAGAAUUUUUUGACUUAACAGAUUUCAAAAAAAAAUUUAAAAGGCGGCUUCGGUCAGCCUUGAAAAAUGUCACCAUCAACUUUAGAGAAUAUGAGGAUAAUGCAAUCUGGAUUAGAAUUGCCUGGGGAACACCGUAUACAAAACCAAACCAGUACAAACCCAGUUAUGUUGUAUACCAUUCACAGACUCCCUAUGUCUUCGUUUCUGCCUCAGUGCUUAAGAGCAACUUGCCUCUGCUGUGUCAGGCCCUGGUUCUUGCUUCUAAUUACCAUGACAUCCGUGAAAUGGAACUUCGAAGUCAUUCUUUAAACUCCCUUAAAGAUAUUGUGUUUAAGAGAUAUAGCCAGAACUUCCAAACUUAUUAUCCGAGACCUCUACAAGAAAGGAAUGUAGCACCCGAAAGUGCAGAUUUAAGGAUAAUUCAGGAAAACAGAAGUGAGAAAGAAAGAAUAGAGAGAGUGAAUCGGGAAGUUUUUGGUGAUGGUCCCCAACCAAAACUCGAAUUUGCACAAUAUAAGCUUGAGACAAUGUUUAAAAGUGAUCCUCAAAUGGAUGUUUUGGAUAAAAAAGAACCAUUCAGAUGUCUGGUCAAGUUUUCUAGUCCACAUCUUUUGGAAUCACUGAAAUCCUUGGCACCAGCAGGUAUGGCUGAUGCACCAAUUUCACCACUACUUACAUGUAUACCACAAAAAGCUAGGAAUUAUUUUAAAAUUAGAGAGAGAAAACACUUCUUUCCGGGAAGCUUUGUAAGCCCUUAAUUUAAAACUGAUUCAUAGAGAAAUAUAUAACUCAUUUAUUACUGGUAUUAAUCUAAAUCAUAAUAAACUUCAAAACAGAUUUUUAAAAAAUAACUUAUUCUUUCAUAAUCCCCUAAAGUAUUUUUUCCAAAUUAUGGCAGCUUUGCAUUUUUUUUCCACGUUUGUCUUUAACAGAAGAGCUAACUCUUCCCUGAAGUGAUAAAAAACCAUUAGUUGCAAAGUUUAAACAGUGAUUGUGGUUAUUUUAAAUUUAAAUGUGAUGACUGCUCUUAACUGUAUUUUUCAUAGUAUUUGUGAAGUUAAAGAUAGCUAAAGCUUAAUACAACAGAAUACAAUAAGACAGCUGUAGCUAUUCAGUUUGCUAUCAUAGCUGUAGAUGGCCAAGAUAUUCCAGGUGGCCUUAUUUCGGCUCCAGUUCAGCAGCAUAACAGAACAUGUGCCCCAUUUUGAACAUGUCAAUAGUCCCAUUCAAAUAAGUGGGACUACCUGUCUGCGGGUCAGGCAUGUUUUUAUCUUAGUAGAUGAAGAUUAUAUUCAAAGACCAUUACAGCGCAUGGGGAAGAAGGGCCUCUUAAAAUAUAGAUGUCCGUAAGAAGUUUCCAUGCAGCUUUAAUGGCUAUUAGUUCAGAUCCAGAGUUUUUACUCACCAAGGGCAACAGCCAAUAACAAAUACUUCAAAAAAAAAAAAAACCUGUUUAUUGGUAUUAAUGUCUUACAAAAUUUUACCUUAGAGGAAUACAAUGAAACAGGCAAUAAUUUUCCUUUAAGGAAGUCCAUGGUUUAGAAUAUUUUAAUUAAGAUUUGAUCCUUCUGCAACCCUUGCACAUUUCUACUUUUUUGUGCUUGGUGACAUCAAGAUUGCAGAAUCAAGAUGGCAACAUUCAUUAAUGCAAGCAACAGCUUUGCACUGGGGUUCUGUAGAGUUCGUAAAUUGUAAUUGGUAAUGAUAUAGAUAUUUUUAUGUAACUUGCUGCAUUAUUUUUAAUUUGAGAUGGAUUUGAUCUGAAGAUUCAGUUAUAGUGUACAAGUGUUUCUUUUUUAAUUGUUACCUGGAAACUUUGUGUGUAUGGAAUUUCCUAUUUGCUUUAGGUAUGUCAAUGUGCAGAGACAGUCUUCAUAAAUUCCUGGCACAGUGUAAAUAUUUUGAGAGGUUGUAUGGUAGUGUUUUUGUUUUUCACACUGUAAAUAAAUGUGUAAAUUAAGUCUUCUCAUAGA